CAAUAUCGGUUGCCAUUCUGCCGGAUAAAAGAGGAAUCUGUGAUAAAACUAGUAUUCCAUUAAUUGUGCUCGUCUUCGGCACAGUGCAUAACUUUAUGAGCAAGGCUGAUACAAUAUUUUUAUGAAAUUCGCGUAAUUAUUCAUUGUUCGAUUCCAAUACAAGUGUCCAAGGAUUCGCUCCUUUCACCGCUCAUUCUCUCUCUCUCUCUCUCUCUCUCUCUCUUUCUCGAGCGCGCGUGUUUGUGCAAUGAACGAUUGAAUUGUGCUGUUGUGAAAAAAUGUUGCUGGAAGUGGCACUCUAUCUCGUAGUCGGCCUCAUUAUUUUUUGGGCCCUAUUGGAUCCUGUGAGCCGAGUUGCAAAUGCUGCGUGGGAGAUUCUGUUGCCAAUCUUUGACUCGAAACCCGUUGAGUUGAAAAGUACUUUUGGAGAAUGGGCUGUGGUAACUGGUUCUACCGACGGGAUCGGUAAAGCCUACGCCAAGGAGUUAGCGGCAAGAGAUGUUAAUUUAGUCCUGAUAAGCCGAACGCUUGAUAGGCUUGUAAAGACUAAGGCAGAAAUCUUAGAGGUCAGUCCUAAGGUCGAAGUGAAAAUCAUCUGUGCAGAUUUUAGCAAGGGUGAAGAAGUUUAUACCAAAAUUAAGUCCGAAUUGACGGAUAUUCCUGUCGGAAUUCUAGUAAACAACGUGGGCAAACAGUACACGUAUCCGAUGUACUUAGGCGAGGUACCAGAAGACGAGCUGUGGGACAUAAUAAACGUGAAUGUCGGCGCAACGACGCUGAUGACGCGACUGGUCAUUGACGGCAUGAAGAAACGCGGCAAAGGCGCAAUCGUUAAUAUAUCGUCAGGCUCGGAAUUGCAGCCGUUGCCCCUAAUGACUGUUUACGCGGCUACCAAAGUAUACGUGCGUAGCUUUUCCGAGGCGCUCAGAGCCGAAUACUCGAGAUUCGGAGUUACCAUUCAGCAUCUUACUCCACUCUUCGUCAAUACCAAAAUGAACGCUUUCAGCCAGAGAUUGCAGGUAUCGAGCUUAUUCGUUCCUGAUGCGACGACGUACGCGAAAAAUGCGGUGACGACCCUGGGCAAGGUGAACUCCAGCACUGGAUACUGGGCUCACGGCAUACAGAACUUUUUCACGCUAAUUCCUCCAGUCUGGAUAAGAAUGAGAAUCGGUCAAUUUAUGAAUCAAGUUUUACGUGACGAUUACUUCAAGCAAAAAAACGCUUGAUACAGCAAGCUAUCGAUUUAUUUUUAGAACAAGAUGAGUAUGCUUGUGUUUAAACAACAAGUUAAACAGUCAGUUUAAUGACGUUUAAUUGCAGAUUACUGUUGUUGAAUUUGUAAGUCAAGUUUUCUUUAUAUCAGCGAUAUUCAUGUAAAUUUUAAACAUGCAUGAACUGGAAUCGUAAACUAUUUACCGUUCGACAUGGAGCAUAUAAAAGAAUAACAAGCAUGUAAUUCAUGUAAAAUAUAAUCUGUCAAUAUUAAACACUUGUACUGUAAUUAUGUACUUAAGCAUUGAUAAAUGUUAUUACAUCAAGUCUGUAUAAGGUUUCUUAUUCUUAAUUAAAUCUAAUAACAUGGGUGUAAUAUAAUUAAAAAUAUAUUUUUAAAUUAGUAAGAGCAUAAUCAUGGUAAUGAAUGAAUUGGAAUUGUAAACGUGAAGUUGUUAUGAAUUUAUGAAAUUUACUUCAAACUUUAAAAAAAUAAGUAUUCUAUGACUGAGAAAGUGACUGGAGUAAACUGAAAAUAAUGUAAACGGCAGUUUUCUUGUAACUGUGUUCAUUUUUUGCAUUUGACGUGACGAUUAUUUUUAUCCGUGUAAAUUUGUUUAUUUUAAUAAAAAUCUAAACGUCAAAAAGACAUGACACCAUAUUUUUAAUACACUUUAAUCUACGAUCUAAAGUACCUGCUAUUUACAUCUUUUAGGCCUUCUGUUGUAAAACUACUCUUA